GAGUUUGUCCCUCUGCGCUAGCCGUAACCCGGAAGUCAGCGCCAAUGCGCAAUAAAACAUUCUGUUUGCUGUCAAAAUAAACGAAAUGUUAGCCGAAUGCACGGGCGACGUAGGAGUUUAAAGGUUGUGUUAUCUUUAAACGUGUGUCGUGUGGGUCUAAAAGUAUCAAAUUAGUGCAUAAAGGCGCACUUUGUUGAGUUCGGGGUAGUUGAAAGGCGGCGGUUGUGUACAUGGAGACGUGGGUGAGAUUCAGCGCUCAGAGUCAAGCGAAAGAGCGAGUGUUCAGGGCUGCACAGUAUGCCUGCACUCUGCUCGGAUACACACUGCAGAAAGGAGGAGCUGCAGCUCAACUGUUAACAACCAUCAAGCAGCUGGAAGCUCAUCUGAGUCUCAGCAGAAAACUGAUGCGGUUAGGGAACUCGGCCGAGGCUCUGGAAGCAGCGAAGCGAGCCAUUCACCUCUCCGACUGCGUGCUGCGGCUCUGCAUCACCGUCUCCCAUUUAAACAGAGCCAUGUACUUCGCCUGCGAUAACCUGCUGUGGGCCGGAAAGGCGGGGCUGCUGCCUCGACUCGACCAGAACAAGUGGAGUCAGAGGUCAUUCAGGUAUUACCUGUUUGCGCUGAUCUUGAACCUGAGCCGUGACCUGUACGAGAUGUACGGUUUGAUGGAGCGCGAGCGGCGCAGCACUUCGGCCAAAGCUCAUCUCUCAGGCGCGGUAGAGAACGGCGAGUUCCCCUCCGCCACGUCCUCCUGCGCGUCCGUCUUCGCGGCCAGGCUUCGGCGGCAGCUGUGUCUGCUCGCGGCCGUCCUGCGCAGCAACCCUCCGCUCCUGCUGGACACGCUGAAGAACCUGUGUGACGUCUUCAUCCCGCUGGACAAGCUGGGUCUGUACGCCACCGGGCCGGGGUUCGUCGGGGCGUGCGGUCUCACCUCGUCCGUUCUGUCCAUCCUCACCGUGCUCUACCCCUGGCUCAAACUCAAACCCUAAACCGUCACGCCAUGAACCAGUGCCGAGUCUGAACUGGGCCUCUGACGGAAAUUCCCAGACUGGCCAAUCAAGACGGAGUGUGCUGAUGAUGUCACAACUGUCAGAGGAGAUGGAGAGCAAAAGGAGGCUGUGUGUGUGUGUGUGUGUGUGUUUGUUUGCUAUACUAUACUAUGAGUUAGGCAUGUGCUGAUAAUCCUAGCGUGUUAACGAGGUAUCAGAACGCCGAUAAUCACAAGGAGAACGCGUUCACGUCUUUAUAUGAAUGACGGUGUGUGAAAAGACGUGCAGCCGAGGAAAACAAAUCCGCCGUAUGUGUGUUGAACAUCCCGUUUUAUUUCAGUCGUACUACACCGCUCGAUUGGGAAUUCUCCAUUCUGAUUGGUCAGAGGGCGUCGGUCAGUCUUCUGUGACAGCAGCUAGUCGCAACACGUUAUUGUUUCUAUAGUGACGGCGCACACAGGGACGUGUCCACGUAAAACCGGUUUAAAAAAAAAAAAAGUAGCAUUUUUUGGAAGUCUCGAGCGUUAAGCUGGAAGUUUUCCAGCACGGGAACGUCUCCAGGAAAUGGAUUGUUUUGGUAAAGUGAUGUGGUGUAAGAGGGAUUGAAACACUUGAGCUGGCUGUUAGUUUUUUGGGAAGAGAAUCGGCUUCAGGAUGGUAAGAGUAACUCCGCUGCAUCCUGGACUAUUUUCUUAUAAACCAAGAGUCAUUCCGAAAAUAAUAUCAUAAUAGUGCGGGGUCCUUAGAUUUUUAUCUGAAAGAUGUUGCUGGUUUCGACCGUUAGUCUCAGUGAGAAAUACAGAUUCAGUCGAGUAGUAAUAAUAAUAAUAAUAAUAAUAAUAAUGAUGAUGAUGAUGAUUAGUGUAAACCAUAUUUAGUUGUGAUACAGAGCUGUAAUAUUAGCACAUGCCUACUGUGUAUCUUUUUUGUGUGUAAUGUGUGCGUGUAUAUGUGUGUUUGUAUGAUUGUAUGGUGUGUGUAUGAUUGUGUGUGUGUGUAUGAUUGUGUGUGUGUGCGUGUAUGAUUGUGUGUGUGUGUGUAUGAUUGUGUGUGUGUAUGAUUGUGUGUGUGUAUGAUUGUGUGUGUGUGUAUGAUUGUGUGUGUGUAUGAUUGUGUGUGUGUAUGAUUGUGUGUGUGUGUGUGUGUGUGUAUGAUUGUGUGUGUAUGAUUGUGUGUGUGUGUGUGUGUGUGUAUGAUUGUGUGUGUAUGAGUGUAUGAUUUGUGUGUGUGUGUAUGAUUGUGUGUGUAUGAGUGUAUGAUUGUGUGUGUGUGUAUGAUUGUGUGUGUGUGUGUGUAUGAUUGUGUGUGUGUGUGAUUGUGUGUGCGUGUAUGAUUGUGUGUGUGUGUGUGUGUGUAUGAUUGUGUGUAUGAGUGUAUGAUUUGUGUGUGUGUGUGUGUGUGUGUGUGUGUGUGUAUGAUUGUGUGUGUAUGAGUGUAUGAUUUGUGUGUGCGUGUAUGAUUGUGUGUGUGAUUGUGUGUGUGUAUGAUUGUGUGUGUAUGAGUGUAUGAUUUGUGUGUGCGUGUAUGAUUUGUGUGUGUGUGUGUGUGUGUGUGUGUGUGUUUUGGUUUCUCUUUCUCUUAUUCUUCCCCAGCUGACAUUUUUACGCAUCUUUACAAAUGAAAGUUAAUCCCUAACAGUCCAUGUUUAGAUUUCUAUAACGGUGUUAAAUCUCUCACAAGCUCAAAUCUGUACCAAACGCACGUCACUUCACGUCACUUCACGUCACUUCUCUUCAUGCCAGUUGAGAUCCGGAUUUAAUGGAAGUGUGAACAAACCGUGUAACUCUGAAAGGUUACUCUGAACUGGAUGACGAGACGCACUGAAACUGUACUUUAAUCCCUGUACUCCGCCAGUGUUUGUUGACGUGCGACCUCUGCGAAUGUUUGUUGACGUGCGACAGCCCACCGAUUGACUCAUCUUCAGACGAUUAAUCAGAACCGACUGCUGGACCGUUCUGCACUCGAGAGGGUGCGGCAGGUGGGCGUUAUUGUUUUGUAUGCAGCAUGCUGUUAAUGCAACACAUCUAAUCCACUGUAACGUUUCAGCUACAUUACAGACUGUUUACUGAUGCAUCAUCAGCUACCGACGGAAUGUCUUUCACAACCUCAAGCGUUUUAAAGCCGAAAACGAACACACUUUAUUAAACCUACUAGAGAGUCUGUUCUGAUUUUUAAGGAGCGGUUUGUAAUUAUUAUUACAGCCCCCUGCUGCCUGUGAGGUGUACUGCGGUUAUAAUAAAAAAAUAAAUAAAAACGUUAA